AUGGCCAAUUUUUUGGCCGUCCCAGUCCCCACGAUGGGUCGGCGAAGACAUCGCGCCGUCUCGGAGAACGUUUUGGGAACCGAAUUGUACAAAGAAAGAGAGGAGGAGAAUGUGUUGCGAAGCUCGUGGGAGGUGGCCAAGACCCAUUUUGGCCAUGUGAAGGUGACUCCAGCUCCAAGCAGAGUGAAAAUUGAUGAUGACCGGUUAGUUUUGGGGGGUUUUGAGUGAUUUGGAGGGGGUUUGAGUGAUUUUGAAGGGUUUUUCUGUGAGUUUGGAGGUUUGGGAAGAGCUGUGAGAUUUUUUGGAUAACUUUUGAGGUUUUUUGAGCGUUAUGGAUAACUUUUGAAGUCUUUUCGAGGUUUUUAAAAAUUUCUGGGGUUUGGUUUGUGGAUCACUUUUGAGGUUUUUUGGAUAACUUUUGAGGUCUUUUGAGAUUUUUGAGAUGACUUUUUUUCGUCUGUUUCUGUGUGAUAUUGUGUAAAAGUAAUUUAUUAUGAAUCAUUAUGGAAUGUACAUGAUUAAUUUCUCCUUUCCCCUGCUUUUUUGCUUCGAAAUUCUCUAAAUUUUGACCUAUUUCCGACUAAACCAGAGAUCACUCUUUCCGCCCCUUUGCUCAAAUGAAUUUUUAAACUCGAAAAAAUCUUUGCAAAAGCGGAAAUUACCAUAUUUUUUAAAAAUUUUAUUGAAAUAUUUUUUUUUUGUAAAAUACGAACUUUUUAUUUUUUGGUGUAAAUUUUUUUAUUUUAGUGUGUAAACAGUGGUUUUUGAAGAUUUUAGGGGUAAAAUAUGUUAUUCAAAAGUUUUUGAAUCUGUAAAAAAAAAUUUUGGUUUUUAAAUUUCACCCCAUUAUAACGCGAUUUGAAAGUUUUGGGGCUAAAGUAUACGAUAACCCGAUGGUCUCUCUUCGCUUUACCAAAGAUCAGCCGGUUCCCAUGUCGACGGAAUUGGAGCGUUUUUUGAAUCGGACGAUUCGGGAAGCACGCCAAAAACAGAGAUCACUUUGGGGGAAAAAUAAAAUUUUUGCAAGUUUUUUGGUGCGAAAUUGGAAAUAAAAAUGUUUUUGGGGGUCAAAAAUGUUUUUGAUAGCGUAGUUUGCAAAAAAAUUUGAAAAAUUUUUGGAAAAAAAAUAUUUUUUUACUGUGAAAAUGUUUUAAAAUGUCCUAAAAUAAUGUAGAUUGUCCGAAAAACGUUCGUAAAGAGUGUGUGGAAUGUCCUGACACGGUCCAACGUCCACGUACUGUUCCCGUUUCAGUCCCCGAGAACGCGUGUUUUACGUGCUGGCCCGACCCUCCAAGUCCCUGCUCACUCGUCGCCCGAUGCUCGAACUCCAUGACAACUCGCCGCUCCGAGAGUGCGACGAGGAGGAGAGCGAGGAGAGGGCGCCGAAAAAGAAGCGGAAAAAGCGCAACCGAAAGAAGCGAAAGCACACGCCGGAAACGACCCACCCCACCUUAUCCAUGAUGUCCAACAUCAAGUCGGCUGCCAAAAACCCAACGAAAAAGGUGGAUGAAGCGCCAAAGAAGGUGCAAGAAGACUCCAGAGAGCAUCAGCAGCCUACAGUGAGGUCGGAUUUGUCCUUGGAAACACUUUCUGGCUCUCAAAAUGCAUCCACAUCAAUGUCCGGCGAUGGCCAACCGGAAAAAGACCGGUAUAGCGUGAGGAAGGGCACAAUCGAACAUGAUCUCGUCGCGUGGGUCACGGUGGACCAAAUCGGACUGGUAAGGUAAGAAAAAUUGGAAAAAUUUGAAUUUUUUGGACUUUUUUUUUGAAAAAAAAAGAAUUAGAAAAGAUUCGAGCGGAAAUGAGGUUUCCCGAAGUUGUUGUAUCGCCUUUUGUAUGGUCGAGCCUCCUUGAGAAUUCCGAUUAGUCACCACGAACGUGGCUCUAAGGAAGUUACGAAUGUUGAGUGAUGAAUUGAACACCUCCCAUGUGGAAUAUGUGUGGUUUUUUGUUGUUUGAUGGAUGUUGCCGCGACAUUUUUGCCGUGAUUUGGUUGUAUUUGAUGUUGAUUUUAAUUUGGAGUAACAAAAAAUGGCAGAAAGUCGGAAUAAAGAGGAAAAAUUCAAAGAAAUUUGAAAAAAGUUUAAAAAAUUGCCUUUUUUAGGGGGUUUGGACGAAAAUUGUGGAUUUUGAUACUUUUAUCGAUGGUUUUUAGUGGGAUUUGGGUUUUAGAAGACUUAUUAGACCUUGAUUUGUUGUCUAUGUUAAAAUUUUUUUGUCAUUUGCCUAUUUUUGGGUUUAAAUUUUCACUUGUUUGCCUUGAAUUAGCUUUUUUUGCUGUUUUUGUGAGCUCCCGCUCAAAUCACGUGUCGUGAUCGUAUCUAUCGAACUCAAAAACAUUCGUAAAACUUAUUUUUCUCUUUCUCUUCCAAAAAUGGCACGAGACCCUCACUUUACAACCCGCUCAAGAAAAGCCCGAUUACGUAACAACGGUGACAUUUUUUUUGGUCUUGCGAAUUUCGCGAACACUCUUUUCCUAAUCGCCGAUGGAGAUCUGCAUCUUGUUAUUUGCGUUGUGAAACGGGACACACUGACGGAAUAUGAGUCGUUUAAAGGUGUUUGACGGUCCUCAGUCUGAUCAUUAGUGUUCGGCGAGACAACUCUCUCCCUUCCUCAACGUGUUUCCGAAAAAAGAUUGAAAAUUCGAAAGCGAAAGUAAGUGAAAAACAAUUUUUUUUCCCGUUUUUUCGCAGGUUUAUGAUCUCAAGCUUGUUGUAGUUUGCAAGUUUUACGAUAGGUCUCCCUAGAAAUACGUGCUUGUGAGCUGAUCGACACCCCACUAUCACUGUAGCCAGAAAAACUUAUCGGACUUUGAGAGGGCACCCUUGAUUACUGCUUAAUUCCCGUUUUGAUGAGCUGUAAAUACUUAUCAGUUGUUAUAAAUACUGUGUCUAAGCCGCUGGAGUUGUGCUUGCGAAAGGUCGAGCAAACAGAAAUUUGAGGGAAAUAGUGUGGGCAAUCUUGAGGCCGAUGUGAAUUUGGGCUGAUUUUAAUACACAGAUUAGUGAGGUGGGAUGACCACACAUUGUGGUAUAAGAAUUGGCGAAAAAAUGGGUAAAUCAAUGUCUAAGAGGUAGAGAAGUAUUUGAUAAGCGCUAAAAAUGGUUGUUGUUGACAUCUUCGAGCAUACUCUGUAAGUUUUAGAUGAUAAGUCUUCCUUUUUACGACAUUUUGGGCUUGGGUGUGUCAAUUUUGGUUCCAAUGAAUUUGAGGCCAUUUCAAAGGUAUAAAAGGGGUCCUCAAAGUCAACCAACCCAAAAACACCUUGGUUACGUGACUUGCUAACUUCGUUGGACGAAAAUUUCGGCAAUGUGAUCAAGUUGGCAACUAUUUGUAACACAACCUGUGACGGAGACACAAAAAGACUAGUAAUUGUCAAUAGAGGAGCAUUUGGAAAUUGUGGAUACUUUUUCCAAUGUUAAUAUGCUCUCUCUUGACAAUAAGUAGUCUUUUUGUGUCUCCAUCACAGGUUGUGUUACAAAUGGUUGGCCAAUUUGGUCACGUUGUUGAAAUUUUCGUCCAGCGGAGUUGGCUAGUCACUGUAAUCGAAGUGUUUAUGGUUUGGUUGACUUUGAGGACCGCUUUUAAAGCCUUAAAGUGACCUCACAUUCUUUGAAACCAAAAUAUACAUGCUUAAUUUGAUUCGGCUCCGCCCACUAUUUAUGUGGAUAGGAGUCGGUAUUGCACCCAUUAUUGAUGUGGGAUGGAGUCGGUAUUUCACGUGGAAUUCAUAACAGAAGCGAAACUAAGGAUUUUGAGGUGAAAAAUUUCGCUCAUUAGAGUAGAAAAUAAGUCUUGUCGAAAAUAAAAAACAGGCAUUUCAUAUGCCAGUGUCUAAAGUUGCAGUCUCAUAUGGAAAAGUCUCCACUAAGGUCGCGGCUAAAAAUACCACACCAUUUCCACGUUUUGCGAAAGCACCGACGGCCGAACUGAUAAGCAGUUCCCUGUGCUCCCGAUCGCACGAUUCUCAAGUGACCCAGAAUUGGGAGGAAAGAACGUUUCAGAAACCUUUGAGUCGGCAGUUUGUUAGCAAAGAUCGACGUGGUGGCCAGAUUCGCCUCACAACUGAUAUAAAAGCCUCGAUUAUGAGGCGUGUGCUUGAUUUUUCCAUUGUUUUGAGUGUUUUAGGGAACAUAUAAGGUUGCUUUCAUUUACAAUUGGCAUAAAGCAGUUGCCAUAGCUGACUCAGUGACUUGUUACAACCGCCGGCGGCGGAACCCGUUUUAUCCGUCACUUCCGUGUACUUUUUCCUCGGAAUUUCACUUAUGCCCUCCAACGGAUCUCUUUUUUGAGGUAGCACCCAAAAAACCCUUCUCAAAUAUCUCGCAAAUUAAAGCUAGACGAAAUUCCGGCGAUUCCACGCAACGAUAAGACCGCUCAUUGCUCUAAUUUUUGAUUUAUGACUGCGUUGCAAGUUGGUGGGCUUAGUUUUGAGAGGAGAGAUGUAGGUUAUUGGGGAUGGUUUGGACUUACAGUGUGGGACCUGAUCCAGUGGCAAAAAACGUGCCGUUUUGCAUCCGGGAAGUAUCAAAAAUGUGGCAAAAUGCUUCCUUCUUCAAGUGAAAAAACUAAGACUUCAAAAGCGCGCCUUCUCUUUUUGUGAGGGAAAGGGCGCGCACUUCAAAACGAAGUUUUUCACUUGGAGAGGGAAGCAUUUUGCCACAUUUUUGAUACUUCCCGGAAGCAAAAUGGUAAUUUUUUUGCCGCUGGAUCAGGUCCCUCACUGUAAUUAACCCGGCAUAACAGGCUCUGGAAAAAUUUUUCGCGUAAUCUAAAGGUAAAAUCGGAACAAACACGCCGGUUUGACGGUAGAAUUCGCCGAAACAAACAGUUUUGGAGGGAUAAAAUCUAUUGAAACUUUUGUUAACUCCUUUGAAGGUCAUUGUUACAAAAAAAAGACAACGAACAGUGACGAAAAGGGCAGAAAUUGCCUCGCCGUUCGCUCCGCAUUCGGUUCCCAAUCUUGACCUACAAAAAAUUGUUCGACAAUUCGCCGCACCCGGGGUCGUCGCGCACUCCGGUAGCCGGCGAAACGAUGAGCGCCAAGGGUUUAAAGCGCCGCGACGUGAAAGGGCCGCGAGAUGCGCGGAUCUUCUCUUUCCUUCCUUUUUUCUUUUUUUGCCAUUCCCCUUCGGUACGCUCCGCACCAGCCAGCCUGAAGUCGGAAUGGAGACGGCGAAGAUACGCGUCGCUCUCUUUCCGAAUCGCCCCGCAAGCCGUUUUGGGGAUUUCCGAACUUUUUUUCUCGCCCUAAUCGCGAUUAGUUAUGGGAUUUAAUGUGUCGGUAAUGGCUUUGUGGCUUACAAUAUGAGUUGUUUUUCUUCGGCAAAACGUUGCAGACUCUUGAGUUGUCUGCUAGACGGGCUUCUCGAAAGUAGGUCAGAAUUCGCGCGAGUCGAACUACACGUCGGAAUUUGUGCCCUUUCCGGACGCGACUUAAAGCGGAGAAGUUGUUUUUUUGAAGAGUUUCUUUUGAAAGUUUCGUGAUUUGAGCUUCGAAUUUUGAAUUGUGAAGAGUUUUGAUGAAGAAAAGGCUGAAUUCCCGAGAUUUUGAGUUGAUUUUGAGGAAUUUGAUCCUACAGCGAGGGACCUGAUCCAGUGGCAAAAAACGUAGCAUUUUUUAUCCGGGAAGCAUCAAAAAUGUGGCAAAAUGCUUCCGUCUCCAAGUGAAAAAAACUUUGUUUUGAAGGGCGCGAGUUUUUUCACUUGAAGAGGGAAGCAUUUUAUCACAUUUUUGAUACUUCCUGGAUGCAAAAUGGUACGUUUUUUGCCACUGGAUCAGGUCCCCACUGUACUGUGUCUUCCCAAGUUUGAUCUCAUUCCUUUUGCGUCUUUGUCCACCUAAACGUCGGGUCUAAUUGCCUCCAAAAUGCCGUCUGAAGUAGCUCAACGCAUGUGUUGUUUGUUUUCCUCCCCCCAUUCCCGCAUAAUUGACAAUAUUUUUUACGCCAAUUAAUACCAAUUCCGAGGGUUCGAUUCCGCCCGCUUCCCGGCGGUGGUGGAGCGUAGAAGUUGAAAUCGAGAGGCGAAACCAGAUGCGAGAAGUUUUAUAAUUUGUCGACGACCAAUUUUCGCGUUGAAGCGUCGUUUGUGGGGGGAGAAAGGCGCGCGAUUUCCGGAGGAUUCCGCGCCUUCGGGCUGCGCAACGUGACAUUCGCAGUUGAUUGCAGAAUUUCGGAUGGCUCGAAUUUUUUCCCGCGGAAUAUAGCGGCUUCUCGUUCGGGGACUUGGAGCAAUUUUUGCGCUUUUUCGGCGAUUUUAAGCGUCCACGGAAAAUUUUUUGGCCAUUUGGACGCGAGAUCCGACUGUUUUUGAUUUUCAAAGCGAUUUUUGGAAUCAUUUUCCGAAAAUUUGUGGUGAAAAUGAUGCGACGAUCUUCGCGGGAAAGGCGUGGGCCGAACAGAAAAAAUAGAAAAUCUCGUUUUUUGAAAGAUUUCCAAUCAAAAUCCGGUGGAAAUAUGUGCCCAUCGUACUUUGAUCGCCUCCGAAUUUCUCAAUAAUUGUUUCUGCGGUUUCAUUUCUCCCGGAUGGACUUUGCGGUUUGUAAUUUUUACAUCGGGUCAUUUCGAGUGCAAGCCUUCAAUUUGUUGUUUAUCCAAAGUUUGUUUAGCACUUUUGCGUUAAGGAAGUAGAAACAAAAAUUUUGAUCAAAGAAACGGCAAAAAAAUUGAUCAAAAUUUUGAUUCUAUAGCGAAUAUAGGUGUAGAAAACCCGGGAAGAUUGCAUUUUGCACGUCUUAGAAUAGGAUACCAUUGGGAAGUUGCAAAAAUUCCAGCCAAGAACGCGCCAUUUUUAAUCACAAAUCAAAUUUCCCGACUUCCAAAGUCAUUAAUUAUGUGAAGUAGAUUUCUUCCAAAAAUUUCGACGACCUUGGAUCGUUGGUGGGAAAGAGAAACGACCCCAAGGCAUCAAAUUUUUAUUUUUUUUGUUGGUUUUAAACCGUCCGCUUCCGGUCCAGUCGGCCGGCGAUCCAAAUUGGGGACGCUGAUCUGGAAGGAAUCCAAAUUUUGCGCUGGGAAUUGGGAAAAUGAGCUAAAAGCUGUCGAACAAUGGCUUUUUGGGGGUUUGAGGAGAUUUUUAGAAUCGUUGGGCCAUGGUUUUUGUAAUUUUUUUGAACUUUUUGAUGGUAGAAAUAAAAAUAGAAGCUCCGGUUUUCAAGUCUCAUAACUUGUUGAAGAGUAAUUGUUCUUCGUUUGGGUUUUGUGGGCAUAUAAAACACACUUUUGUCCCCUCCGAAACUUCCCAACUGUUCGGCAAUUUGAUGACGUUGAACGUGCGAAAUACACAUAUCAGAAACAAACUUGUAGAGAUUACAGCGCGCGAGAGGGUGGAGAAUUGUAGUUCCAGUGGGUUUGUUUGUCACGUAACAACGUGGAAUGAGGAUCCGGCUCGGAUGGGCGCCAACAUGAGCAUUCUCUCCCAAUUCUGGUAAUAUUUUUGGUGAUGAUUAUUGGCGGGUAUAAAGCGGUUAUUUUGUUGAUACAUGUCGCUCACUGUGCGCUUAGUUUUGCUUCUUGUGCUUUGAGACAACGGGUGUGUAAUUACGGAGGUCGGGUUGUCAUGAUUCGGGUCACGUUUCGGUUUAAACCCGAUUGUUUUAGGGUGUCCGACGGGUUGAAAGUUAAUUUGGAAGGUUGUAAACUGCAGGUACUGGAAGGAGCUAGAAAUUUCGAUGCUGAAAUCCGAUUGAAAAGCUCCCAUAAUGUUGAUGGAAUCUUUUCAGUCGGAUUGGAGCGUUGAAAUUUUUAGGCAAGAGCUAAAAACUCAAUAAAAUUUAGUUUUUAUAGAGUGAAUCUUGGAAGAAAAUUGAAAUUCCGAUGCUCAAAUCCGAUUGUAAAGAUUUCAUAACACUUGAGGAAUCUUUUCAAUCGGAUUUGAACAUAGGAAUUUUGAUUUUCUAGCCGAAUAAUCGGCAUAGAACACAACAAUUAACGUGAAAUAUUCAAAAACGUCAAUGCAGAAUCGAAAGAAUGCUAAUUUUCUUUGUUUAUCAUUCCUGGCGGAUCUGAAAAAUAUUGCGAAAUGGUGUUUUAAAGUUAUUUCUUAUCCAGCGGAAGCAAAAAAUCAAAUUUUUUUGUUGUAACAAAAUUUUUCUUCAAGCUACAUAAAGAUGGAGCUGACCGAUUUUUAUAUUGAUGUAUGUUCAACGAGCAGAGAAAGCAUCCUGUAGCAUUGUUCUUCAGUGAUUUUAGACAUGAUUUUCACGUUAAACAAACUCUUUUCGGCAUGAAAGUCCGAUUUUUAGGGGUUUUAUGUCGAAAAAGUUUGUUAUACAGAGUUUUUUAGACAAUUGGGUGUAUAGUAGAGCCUGUUUCGAUCUCUUCUGCCCACUGAAUUGGUCAAUUAUAGGAAUGGUCGAGGAGUUUAGUCUCUUUGUUUGACCCAAAUCAUUUCUUUUUUUCUUUUCUCUUCUCCCUUUUCUGGUGGUGUGAUACGAAGACGCAAAAAGCGGCGAGCAGAAGAAUCAAAAAAAAAGUCAAAAUGGACUUUCCUAAAACGUAUUGUACGCACAAAAUUUUUUGUCUCCGUUCUUUGGGCCGAUCCCUUUAGGGCAAAGAAUGGGGAACUAAUCAAAACUUGGAGACCUUGGGAUUUUUUGAAAAUGGAUUUUAUUCUUUGAAAUUUUGGUAUUGUUUUUGAAAAGGCUAAAAAAUUAGGUGUGGUUUGGCGGAUAUUUUUAGGAGGUUUUAAUGAAUUUCAAUUCUUGAUCUUUUUUAAAAUUGAAAAUUAAAGAAAAUAUGGUAAAAUUGCCUCCGGCAGGAAACAAAAUUUUACAGUAAUCAUCCCACUGAUCUCUGAAAUAGGAAUAUUUCCCCCGAAGAGUCCCCAAAAAAUUAUGGAAUUUGGUUGUUUUUUCUCUCCGUGGUCCAAUAUCACCCCAGCCCCGCCCCGGAAUCAGGAGAAUAAAUGCUUAUCUUGCUGGUCUUAUUUUCAAGAAAUCUGUUAUCUGACCGCAGCCGUUCUUCCUGUCGUCCGUUCCUGCCCUCAGGCGAUUGAUAAGGAAGUUAGAAAGAGAAUAAAAUUUUCUUUGGUCUUGAAGCAGUUUAUAUUUUUAGCAAUCCUUUUUUGGGGUUUAUAAGGCUUUAAUUUUCGUUUUCUUGCCUCUAAAUGUUUGAAUUGACAGUUGCAACUUUUGAUUUUGAACUUUCGUUUUCUUUUUUUGAUCUUCAACCUUGUCUGGAAAAUUCUCGACCUUGGGAUAUCCUUCCUUUACGGUGCCAUAAACAGUCGAGAUUGUAACAUUGUUUUUGUCCGAUUCUUUAUUACUUCGAAACACUGCGCUCUCGGCUUCGAAACACACUACGAAUUUUGUUGAAAUCGAUCUAUGGUUUGUUACAGGGCACUUUUCAACCGAAGAAGCAGUUAAAUUUUACAAGCAGUAAAAAUUUUGUUUUCUCCGUUGAGGGAAAAUUCCAGCAAAUUUUCGCAAACUCUUUGCUCGGAACCCGUGUUUUGCAACGGUCGAAGUGAAAACUUGGCAGUUUUUUUGACGCAGCGUUUGGAAAGAUCGCAAUCAGUGAGGAAUGGGGGACCUAACUCGACAAAAAGUGACAACUUUUUGACUUGCAGAACAAUGUUUUUGCUUUUUUGGUAAAUUUUUAGACUUCGAUUUUUCUGAAAAAGCAUUUUUAAAGGUUGAAAAAACUUUUGAGGUGAAAAAUUACAAUGGGUGAAGAAAAAGUGACUUUGGAGCGCGCUUCAUUUUGAUUAAGUCGGAUUUAUACCCUUUGUCUACUAAACAGCUAGCCCAAUGGUUGGAUUGGCCUGCAAACCUUAUAAAUCUCUGGCCAAAGGGUUGGAUUUGCAGCCAAGGCAUCUAAAUGACUUGCCAAAAAGCUGGAUUGAGAGCCUAAUCAUCUGUUUGUGAUUUUUAUGCCAAUCCAACUCUUUUGCCAGUCGUUUAGAUGAGUUGGCGGCGAAUUCAACUCUUUGACUAGAGAUUUAUAAGAUUUACCGGUCAAUCCAACCCUUGGGCUUGCUGUUUAGUAGAUUUAAAGGCUAUAAAUUCGAUCUGCCGAGAUGAAACGCAAUCCAAAGUCACAUUUUCUUAACCAAUUGUAAUUUGUCACCUCAAAAGUUUUUUCAACCUUUAAAAAUGCUUUUUCAGAAAAAUCGGAGUCUAAAAAUUUAAAAAUUUGCCAAAAAAGCAAAAACAUUGUUCUGCAAGUCAAAAAGUUGUCAGCUUUUGUCGUGUUAGGGUUUUCCCGAGUAAAAUUUCUCGUCCAAUUUACUGAUUUUGGAAAUUUUCAUUCUGUGAAAAUGUCCUAGCAAGAUUUUUUUGGAUCCCAUGAAACUCAUGCCAUUCUAUUUUGAUUUUCUCUGGGAGAAAACCAGACAUUUUUUUGUUUUCUCGAUGUACUUUUCGAGUGAUAGCCCGAGCCAUGCCCGCUCGAGAAAAUUUUUUCGAAAACUUCAGAAUGCCGUUUCUCCCAAAGUCGUAGUCGUUUCAACGUUUGCGGUUCUCAAAAUCACGCCAUUUUUGGGGUUUCGCGGACGCUGAGCGUUGCUGGAAUGCCCAUUGUGACGUCGAAAUCCCCCUUCAAACCAUAGAUCUCUCACAUGACUGACCUUUUUUUUCUCUCUCUGCCUUUUCUCGAACCCCCUCGCAUUGUGGGGAUGGCAUUCGCGAUCGAAUGGUCGCGCAAUCAGACGACGUUCAAUACAAAUUCGAGACGCCCCCGAGAGAUAGUAUCAGCAUCAGAACUGGUCGAGCCUUGUCGUCGGCGUUGCAGUUUGGCCCCCCGUUUGACGAACGGGUUGGCGCGGAAUUUUUGACGCAAAAAACGAGCAAACGCCGAAAUUCCGAGUGAAUUUUUGGUUUUUUUCGCUGAAUUUUUGCAUUUUGAAACCUUUAAAGGCUUGUUCACCGAAGUGUUAUUGAAUUUUACAAUGAAUUUUGGCUGAAUUCGGCUCAAUUUUGGUCGUUUAAGCCUGUUUUAUUCAAGUUUUAUCAAGAAUUUGCUGCUUUUUUUUGGAGUGACUCAAACACAAAAAUAGAAUGUUUGUGGUCAGAGGAGUUGCGUCAGACGCCCCUCGGAUCACGUGAUUCGCAUUAAAUGGACUUUGAAUGGGUUGAUUUUGUGAGGUGAUAAAAAAUAUCGAAAAUUUGCGGCAGAAUGGAGUUAAAAUUUGGAAAAAUUUGUGUUCAAUUUGAAUGUUGUUGAUGUGUUCAUGUAUUUUGUUUCAAUGUAAUUUAUUUGUAUUUUAUUUUGACUUGCGUUUUGUGAAGUUUGAAGUGGAGAUUUUGACCCUCUAACCACGAUUUUUUCGACGAUUUUUGAAGGCUUUUUAACUGUGAUUUUGGCGUUGCAGGCAACUGAAAGGAGUCGCUCCCCCUGUUGCCGAGAUGACCGGGCCCACAACAUCCAAAAUGCAGACCUUCCGCAUCAGCAAGACGGAGAAUUCGCAACUCGACCAACAGAGCCAGACCUACGCCACCAUCGAGGACUACAUCAGAGACACGGUCCUCGACCUGGAGAAGGCCAGACCCAUCAAAAAAGUGAGGUUUGAAUUGGAUUUGCGGCGGAUUUGCAGCUGAUUUGAAAAAUUUUUAGAGGUUUCACAGUGUCGGAUCUGAUCCAUUGGCAAAAAAAGUACCGUUUUGCAUCCGGGAAGUAUAAAAAAUGUGGCAAAAUGCCUUCCUCUUCAAGUGAAAAAACUCCGUUUUGAAGGGCUCCCUCACAAAAAGAGCGGGAGCACCUUUGAAAUCGGAGUUUUUCACUUGGAGAGUGAGGCAUUUUACCACAUUUUUGAUACUUCUCGCAUGCAAAAGGGUACGUUUUUUGCCAAUGGAUCAGGUCCCCCACUGUAGGACUGGAAUUGGACAAAAUUUUUUGAUCAUUUUUGGCAAUUUUUAAUAUUUUUUUUUUAAAUUUUUUUACAGAAACACUCUAAAUAGCCUAAAAAUGAAUUUCUGAAAAUUUCAGCUAAUUUUUUCUUUGUAUUUUUUUUGAGAGAGCACGGAAAAUGAGGAGUCGGAGUGACAAAAAAUGUUUUUUAUUUUUUUUGCCCAUAACUUUGGGAAUUUUGGCCGGAAAAAAUUGAUUUUCAGCGGAAAUAUUAUUCACUUCGCCUACGAUUGUUUCUGAAAUUUUCAAAUUGAAAAUCGAAAAAAAAAAUUUUUUGACUUUUUCGGCUGAAAAAUAUCGAAAUUUUCUGCAAAUUGCAAGCUAAAAUUUUUUCCAUUUUUCCCAUGGCCUUUAGAAAAUUGCAUUCCAAAUUUGAGAGAAUUUCAGAGAGAUAAAAGGACACUUGUUGGUUUUUUUUCGGUUAAACUUGAUUUUUCCCCGGUUUAGGCACCUAAUUUUUGAUUCUCUCCAGAUUUUGGUGGCCACAAAUGGAAUCGCGGCCGUCAAGUGCCUGGUGUCCAUCCGCAAACGCAUGAUGAACCUCUUCAAAAACGACCGCAUCAUCAAAAUGGUGUGCAUGACCACGGACCAGGAGAUUGAUUCGCAGGCCGAGUACCUGAAAUACGCGGAUCACAUUGCGAUCGCGCCCGCCGGCGCCAACACCAACAACUACGCGAACGUCGACGAAAUCAUCUCCCAGGCCGUCCUGAACAACGUGGACGCGGUGUGGGCGGGCUGGGGCCACGCCUCGGAGAACCCGCGCCUGCCGGAGGAGCUGGCCAAACACAACAUCGUCUUCAUCGGCCCGCCGGCCGACGCGAUGUUCGCGUUGGGCGACAAAAUCGCCUCCACAAUCAUCGCGCAAACCGUUCAGAUCCCCACCAUCGAGUGGUCCGGCUCCGGACUCGUCGUCAACGACCCCGAAGACGCCCCCCAAGGCGCCACAGUCAACAUCCCCUCCGAACUCUACAAACAGGCCUGUGUCUACAAUGUGGAAGAGGGCCUGAAAUGCCUCAGAGAGAAGAAUAUCACAUACCCCAUCAUGAUCAAGGCCUCCGAAGGCGGUGGCGGCAAGGGCAUCCGCAAGUGCAACAACGACGAGGAAUUCCGCAUCAAUUUCCGUCGAGUUCAGGUGGGGGAAUAGGAUUUUUUGGGGGUUGGGGGAAAUUGGGCAAUUUUGGGGAUAUUUUUAGUCGAGGUUCGGAUUUUGAGAGUGAUUGGGCAAGAUGACUAACUUGGCCGGUUAUUUUGAUCAGGUUGGGAUUUGUCCGGGCAAGAUGAAAAAUUGGAAAAUUUUGGGGCAUUUUUAGUGGAGAUUUGGAUUUUAAAAGUGAUUGGGCAGGAUGACCAGCUUCGCUGGUCAAUUUACCCAAUUUAACCGGUCAUUUUGGUCAGGUUGGUAUUUGACCGGGCAAGAUCAAAAAUUGGAAAAUUUUGGGGUAUUUUUGGUCAGGAUUUAAAUUUUUUGUGUGAUUGGGCAAGAUGACCAACUUACCCAAUUUGACCGGUCAUUUUGAUCAAGUUGGGAUUUGACCGGGCAAGACCAAAAAAUGCAAAAUUUUGGGGUAUUUUUAGUGGAGAUUUGGAUUUUUUUAGUGAUUGGUCAAGAUGUCUAACUUGCCUAAUUUGACCGGUCAUUUUGGUCAAGUUCGAAUUUGACCGGGAAAGAUCAAAAAUAGGGAAAUUUCGGGGGUAUUUUUUGUCAAGAUUGAAAUUCUGCGGGUGAUUGGGCAUGAUGACCAAUUUGACCGGGCAAGCUCAAAAAAAUUUUUUCUUCCCCAAAAUUACUAAAAAUUUUGCAGACCGAAGUGCCCGGCUCCCCCAUCUUCCUGAUGAAGUGCCUAAUGAACGCGCGACACAUUGAAGUCCAGCUGAUCGCCGACCAGUACGGCCAAGUGGUCCCAUUCUUCACCCGUGAUUGUUCGAUUCAAAGAAGAUGUCAGAAAAUUAUUGAAGAAGCACCCGCCGGAAUUGCACCGAAAGAAGUUUUGAGGCAAAUGCAACAGGUAGGAAAUGGGGGUUUUUUGGGGGGAAAAUUUUAGAUUUUUUUUUUUUUUUUUUUUUUUUUUGGGAAAACGGGGUUUUUAAUGGAGAGAGAAAUGUUUUUUGAGUAAAGAAAGGUCUUUUUUCAUCGAGAAAAUGGCAUUUUUGGGUAGAAAAAGGCAGUUUUUAGGGCAAAAUGCCCGGAUUUUGGAUGAAAAUGGUGUUUUUCGACAUUUUCAAGCCCUUUUAUACAAUUUAGCAUGCCUAAAAUUACAUUUCAGGACGCAGUGAACCUCGCCAAAAAGGUGGGCUAUGUAUCGGCGGGCACGGUGGAGUACAUGUACCUGCCCGAAACAAAGAAGUACUACUUCCUCGAAUUGAACCCCCGCCUGCAAGUGGAGCACCCCUGCACCGAGAUGAUCUCCAACAUCAACAUCCCCGCCAUCCAGCUGCAAGUGGCGAUGGGCCUGCCGUUGCAUCGCAUCGACGAAAUCCGCCUGUUUUUCGGCAUGGACCGCUACGGCAAAAGCGCGCUGCCGGACGACCAGAUCCGCACCGACGUGAAUAUUUGCGUGAUUGCGGCAAGAAUUACGUCUGAAGACCCGUCGGACCAGUUCAAACCCGCCUCCGGCACCGUGAUGAACCUCCAGUUCCAGUCGAAUCAAAAUGUCUGGGGAUACUUUUCGGUGUCCGCCACCGGCAAGGUCCAUGAAUACGCGGACUCGCAGUUUGGACACUUGUUCGCAAAAGGCAGCACUCGGUAGGAAAAUGGGAAAUUUGAGGAUUUUUGGAUCUUUUGGGGAGAUUUUUAUAUUGUUUUAGAUGGAGGUGGCAAUAAAAAUUUAAAAUGAAUGUUUUGAAGAGGAGAAUGGGGAUUUUGAGGGUUUUUGAUGCGUUUUGAGCGCCUUGGGGCAUAUUGGGAAGAUUUUUGGGCUGAAAAAAUUUUGGGAAAUUUUUGAUUUUUUUUUUUGAAAAAUUUUUUUUUGGAAAAAAAUUUGGUUUUUUUUUUGAAAUUUUGAUCUAAAAAAGUUGGAAAAUUAAAGAAAAAGGAAGGUUAAAAUUUUUGAAAUGUGUAUUUGAAAGUUUUUAUCCGAGUUUUUGCAAUAAAAUUAAAAAAAUUUUUUUUUGAAAUUUUAAAAUUUUAAACUUUUUUUGUUUUUAAAAAGCCUCAAGGCUUUUGUAAGGUUAUUUUUUGACCGCUAAAUUUCAUAGAUCCCCCAGAAAAGUAAAAAAAUUGUUCUUUUUCCCCAAUUCUUUCGUAUUUUUAGUCACGAAGCGAUUGCGGCCAUGACCUGCGCCCUGAAGGAGCUGCGCGUCCGCUCCACGUUCCCCUCCCAAAUCAACUACCUGGUGGACUUGCUGAAUGACGAAGAAUUCCAACGAAACGACUUCCACACCGGCUGGCUGGACACUCGGAUUCAAAACAACAUCCAAUCGGUCCCCGAACUCCCUGUGAAUGUGACCCUGGCCGUCGGAGCGACGGUUAUUGGACAUGCCAAGAUUGCAGAGGUCUUUUCCAAGUUCCAGUCGGCUAUUGAGAGGUGAGAGGGGAAAAUUUUUGGAAUUUUUUGGAAAAUUUUUUUUUCAAAAUUUUUGAACAAUUUCUCGGUGAGCAACAUGCAGAUUGCCCUGAAAUUUUGCCCAUUUAUUUUGUGUAGCACGCAUGUAAAGCGGUGAAAAUUAUGGCUUUUAGUUUCCUGCGGAAGCCGAGAUAUUCGGAGGUUUUGCGAGAGAGCAUGUUAAAAGAGGAGAGUCGGGCAGAGAAAAAUGUUUGUUUUUGCGGGUAUCUCUGUGGAUUGUGCACGGAUAAAGGUGAUUGUUUGUGGGAAUGCUGUGUAUAUCAGGUGUAGUUGAACCAGAGAUUUUUGGCUAAGAAAAUGAAAAAAAAAUUUUGAGAUUUUUUGAUUUUUCGGGAUAAAAAUGUUGAUGGAUUUUGCAAUGUGUGAGCCAAAAAAUUUGGAUGUGGUUUGUGGAUUUUUUGAGUGUAUUUUUGGUAGUUAAAAUGAAAGGAAAGUUGAUUUUUUUUUGAGAUUUUUCAACUUGAUGGCUAACAUUUUUUUCAUUUUUUACCCUAUAUUUUUGCUUCCAGAGGCCAAAUUCUCCCCACCUCCGAGCUCACCGAAACCUUCGAGCUGGAACUGGUCCACAACAACGUGAAAUACUCGGUGCUGGUGAACCGCUACGGCCCCAUCAACUUCCUGGUCAAGCUGAACAACAGCGAGAUCUGCACGGAGGUCCGCGAACUCGGUCACGAGUCGCUGCUGGUCACCUACUCGGACCAGUCCUACACCUGCCACCUGGAGGAGGAAAUCGAGCGCUACAAGGUGAACAUUGGCCGCUCGCUGACCAUCUUCGAAAAGGAAAACGACCCCUCGGUGUUGAGGUCCCGAAACGCCGGCCGCUUGCUCCAGUACCUCGUCAAAGACGGGGAGAUGGUGGAGAAAGGCGAAACGUACGCUGAAAUGGAGUCCAUGAAGAUGGUCAUCAAUUUGGAGGUGAAGAAGGCGGGCGGAAGACUGGUCCACGUCGCCAGACCCGGCCAGGCCCUCUUCCCCGGCACGCUGAUUGCCCGCCUGGACGAUCAGGGAGACAUGACCAGCGCCCGGCCCGAGGAAUUCGAAGACGACUUUGACGAAUGGAACCAGGCCGAGGAACGCAAACAGCUCGGCAAAGUUCGGUUGAAUGUGAAAUUCGAACAACUCAUGCAGGUAAGAGCGGAAUUUGGGGGUUUUUUGGGUUCGGGAAAUGGAAAUGUGUCAUGAUGACGGGUUUUUUGGACAUGGAAAAGGUUGAUUUUGAUGUAAAAGAAAUUUUUUUUUGGAAAAUGUGUUAUGAUGACGAGUUUUUUGGAAGUAAAAAAUUUUUUUUUUGAUUUUUUUUUGGAAAAUAUGUCAUGAUGACGAGUUUUUUGGACAUGGAAAAGGUUGAUUUGGAUGUAUGAGAAAAAAAAUUGAUUUUUUGGAAAAUGUGUCAUGAUGACGCAUUUUUUUGGAAAUUUCGGAUAUUUUUUCACCUUAAUUAUUCGGUUACCCUAAAGUAAAUUUUCGAAAAUUUAAUUAUUUUUUGAUUUUAUAAUUGUCAUGAUGACACAUUUUUUGGAAAAAAUGGUCGUGAUGACUGUUUUUUUGGAAUUUUGCAAAUUUAUUUUUGCAUGUCCAAAAAGUCAUUCCCAUAUUUUAGAGCCGAAAUUAGUGAAAAUUUUUAUAUUUUGACGGAAAAAUGUCAUGAUGACGGUUUUUUGGAAAAAAAUCCGUCAUGAUGACGUAUUUUUUUGAAAGUUGAAUUUGAUGCAGAGCACCUCAAAAUGUAUUUUAAACGUCAGAAAUUUUGAUUUACACGCUGAAAAAUCGGUUUUUCAGGCCUGCAAAGACGUGCUGGACGGCUACGCGGUCCCCGAAUCGCUGUUCGAGCAGCGCAAAAAAGCGCUGGUGGACGAGCUGUUCGCCAUCCUCGAGGACCAAUCCCUGCCCUACACACUGUUCAAGGUGAUGCUGAACGUGGUGGAGACGCGCAUCAACAAGAUCGGCACCUACAACAAGAUCAAGGAGCUGAUCGCCAAGGAGAACAUCGAGUUCCCCGCCCAGGAGCUGGCCGAGGAAAUGGAAUCCUACAUGGCGACCCUGGAACCGAGCGCCGCCGCCGUCGACCAGCAGUAUUUUGACCCGCUGCUGAACAUCUGCGACAAGUUCCGCAGCGGCCUGAAGGGACACAAGAGAUUGGUCGUGGAGGAGCUGCUCAACGCAUACCAUCAGACCGAAACCCACUUUCAGGAAGUCUCCUAUGAUAAGGGAGUCAAUAACAUCAAGAGCAUUGUGAGUUGAAAGUUUUGGAUUUUGAAGAUUUAGGGGAGUUUUGAAAAAAAUUUUUUUUUGGGGGGGGGGGGCAUUUGGUCGAUUUUUAAAUAUUUUUUUAUCUUUUUUGGUCGAUAUUUCCUAAAAAAAAGUGAAAAAAUUAGGACUGUGGUCGAUUUUUUAUGAUUUUUUGGUCGAUAUUUCCUGAAAAAAUUUUUUUGGGGUCGUUGGUCGGUUUUUUAAAAAAGAAAUUUUGGUCGAUAUUUUGUGAAAAAAAGCUUUUUUUGGGGUCGUUGGUCGAUUUUUAAAAAAUUUUUUUGGUCGGUAUUUCCUGAAAAAAGUUUUUUAGGGCUUUGGUCGAUUUUUGUUGGAUUUUUUUUGUCGAUUUUUUAGAUUUUUUGGUCCAAAUUUGCCAAGAAUUUGGGAUAGAAUUUUUUUUCUAUACAGUAUUUGAAGUCUAUUGCCCAUAAUUUUGAAAAACAGGGACCCUUCCUCCACAGAGAAGAGACAAAAAACGUAAAAAAAAGUGGGUAAGGGGGGACCAAGGUGAUAUUUUGUGCCGUCUAUUGACCAAAAAAUUGUGAAAAUUCAAAUUUGUAUGUUUUUUCGUCGAUUUUUUUGGCCGUAAUUUAUCAUAGACAUGGUUGAAAAGUGUUGUUUUUGGUUUGAAAAAAUUUUUUUUUUUUUUUUUCUUUUUUUUCGGACGGAAAAUAUCAAAAAAUAGAUUUUUUGGGAUUUUUUGGUCUUUCGAAAAAAAUAAAUUAAAAAAAAAUUUUUUUGAUUUUUUUUUUUUUUUUUUUUUUUUUUGAGUUUUUGAGUUUUUGGCUGUCAAAUUUUUCGAUUUUUUCAGGAAUCCAACCCUCAAGCCGUGGUGCGCAAGGUCUAUUCGCACACGCGAAUCCGCGCCAAGAACGAGCUGCUGAAGGAGAUCAUCCGCCGCCUGGACAACGCGAUGAUCAUGGACCUGCAGAAGCCACUGAAGAAGGCCGCCAACCUGUUCAACAAGGAGAACGAGCCGUUGGCCCUGUUCAUCCGCGAAACGUUGAACAAAAUCCACCAGAACCGCGACUACGGCCAGAUUUACGCGGCCGUGUCGCGCCGCUCCUCCGAAAAGUCCCUCCAAGACUUGAUCAACAAGCCGAACAAGGACAGUGUGAAAAUUUUGGACGAGUUUAUGACCAAAGCGAGCGAGAAUCAGCUCGUCCUCCACGAGUUCUUCUUCACCAGCAACAAGCAGACCAACUCGUACGCCAUCCGCAUGUUCAUCCGAAAUACGUUUUAUAUAAAUGAUAAGGACAUCAAGGAGAUCCCAAUUGACAUCAAACAGAACACCGCGGUCUUCAAGUUUGAGUUGAGCGAGGACACCCCGCUCUUUGAACAUCAUCAUGCAACGAACAAAAGAGCCGUCUACUUUUUGAGUGUGCUCCCGGAAUUGGAUUUGUUGAAGUCGGAGCAGCUUUUGAACAUCCUCAAGGUAAAAAUUUUUGAUUUUUUUGAAAUUUUUAUUUUCAUAAUUUUUUUUGAGAUUUGCCCAAUUUUAACGGUCAAAUUGAAUUUGCCCAAGUUGACCGGGCAAAUUGGUCAUGAUGACCGGUAAAAUUUUUGAUUUUUUGAAAUUUUUAUUAUGAAAAAAUUUUUUUUUGAGACUUGCCCAAUUUGACCGGGCAAAUUGGUCAUGAUGACUGGUAAAAAAAAAUUUUUAUUUUUGAAAAGACGAAAUUUGAUUUUUAAAAUUUUGCCAAUCUGCCCGGGAAAAUUGGGCAACAUGAUCUUGACCGGUCAAAAUUUUUUUUUUUUUUGACACCCAAAAUUUGAGUUUUUAAUUUGCCCAGUUUUACCGGUCAAAUUGGGCAAGAUUACCAGUCAAAUUGGACCUGAUGUCUGGUAAAAAUUUUUAUUUUUUGAAGCCAAAAUUCCAAAUUUUUUUAAUUAGGAUUUUUAAAUUUGCCCAAUUUGCCCGGUCAGGUUGGGCAAAUUUAAUUUGACCGGUCAAAUAGGUCAUGAUGACCGGUAAAGUUUUUUGUUUUUUAAAAGCCAAAAUUUGAGUUUUCAAUUUGCCCAAUUUGACCGGUCAGCUUGGGCAAGAUGACCGGUCAAAUUGGACAUGAUGGCUGGCCGAAAAUUUUUGUCUUUUAGAAGCCAAAAUUCCAAAAUUUGAAUUUUUCAUGUACUCAAUCUGACCGGUUUUUGGGCAAAUUGGUCUUUACCGGUCAAAUUGUAAUUUCUACUUGUUUCUAAUUGAAAUUUUACUUUUUUUCUCUUCAGAAAAACGUCGAACCCCAAGCCCAGAACACGUUCCUGUUCGUCGCCCUGCCCACCGGCCAGAACGGCUACGCGCAGUUCGCGAAGUACGCGGAGAAGGAGCUCCGCCGCCGAGCGAAGGAGCUCCGCAACGAGGUAGCGGAACGCCUCCGAAGCCACGGCUCCGUCGACCUGAUGAUCUCCAGAGCCGGCUCGCCCCCUCUCUACACCCAUUAUGACUUCUCGUCCAAUGAAAAGCUGGAAAUUUUCCGAUUACCCGAGGAAAUCGUGGACAUCUCGGUGGAGAAUAGCCCGUACUUACUGUUCAAACACAAUGUCGGAAGAAUCUCGAGGAUUUUUGUGAGAUACUUGCUCAGAGACGUGAAAGCAGUGGUCAAACCGGAGAAGUAUUCGAAUCAGAGGUGGGAUUUUUGAUUUUUUUCGGGAUUUUUGGGAAAAAAUAUUUAAAAAAAUUUGUUUUGAUUUAAAAAAAGUUUUUUUUUUUUGAUUAAAAAUUAUAUUUUCCGAAUUUUAAGUAUUUUUAAAAUUAAAAGAAAAGUUUUUGAUUAAAAAAUAUCUUUUUUUUCGAAUUUUAAAUAUUUUUUUGAUUUAAAAAUAUUUUUUUUUCGAUUUUUAAAUAUUUUUUUCGAAUUUUAAAGAUUUUUUUUGAUUAAAAAUUAUUUUAAAAUUAAAAAAUUUUUUCUUCGAUUAAAAAAUAUUUAUUUUUUUGAAUUUUAAAUAUAUAUUUUUUUUUUGGAUUAACAUUUUUUUUUAUUUUUGUUUUUAAAAUUUUUUUCUAAUUUUAAAUUUUUUUCUAAUUUUUUCCCCAUAAAAAAAUAUUUUUCCCAAAAUUAAGCGAUUUCCCCAAUUUUAAAUAUUUUGUUUUGAUUUUUAAGAAAUAUUUUUUGAUUUAAAAAUGUUUUUUCCGAAUUUUGAAUUUUUUUCGAAUUAAAAAAAUAAAAAAAAUAAUUUUUUUUCUAAAAAUUUUUUUCCCAAAAUUAAGCGAUUUCCCAAUUUUAAUUUUUUUUUUUUUUUUUUUGAAUUUUAACUUAAUUUUCCUCCAAAUUUUCCAGACGUCUCGACCUGCUCCAAGAGAAACUGGUCGACGUGAUCGACGGCGCAUGCGGCGAACUCCGCGUCCAGGUGGCGGCCAACACGACCAGCAAACGGGACAAGAACCGCGUCUACUUUGACUGCCACCAUCUGAUGAUCACGCUGGAAUACGACAGCCGCCUCGACACCACCGAAGGCUUUUGGCGCGCGGCCGAAGGCGCCCUGCAUCAGUGCGAACAGUACUUGAUCCGCAACCGAAUCACCGAAGUGGAGAUUGUGUAUCAAGAUACUAGUGGGCUGGCGUCGACGAAACGCUCGCCCGGCUCGGUCCGAGUGAUUUAUUCCAACGAAACGGGCACUAUCAGCGAUGUGGGCGUCUACAGAGUCGUGGGAAAUGAGCUGGUCAGCAUCAGAGAGGGAUUUGCGAGGUUCUCCGGCCAAGACGCCUACGCCAAACAUCGGGAAAUCGAAAGGGUCAAGGUCCAGGAAAAAAGAUACCAAGCCCGAGAACAGAACACCACAUAUGUAUAUGACUUCCCCGUAGUCAUUGCCAGAGCUGUUCUCGACCUCUGGAAACGAUAUGAAGUCACGGACCCGGUCUCCUAUCAAAAGGUCUUCAAUAAACUGAGGGGAGACCUGCAAAUGGCCAUCAAGAAUGGAGACAGCAGACCCGUCGCUAUUGCCCAUGAACUUGUCUUGGAUGAGGAAGAGGGAGAAAUUGUGGUGUUGGGUGGGUAUAAACAGAGUUUUUUUUUAGGGUUUUGAGUGGAGAAUUUGAGAAUUUUGGCGGUGUGGGGGGAAUUUUUUGACUUUUUUUUUUUUUUUUUUUUUUUUUUUUGAAUUUUGAAUUUUCCACGAAAAUUUUUCUGAUUUUUUAAGAUAAAAAAUGCGAUUUUUUGUCCGAAAAAUGAUUUAUUUUUUUUUUUUAUUUUUUUUAUUGAAUUCGUUUUUCAAAUUGUAGACAGGGGGUUUUUUAGGGGAAAUUUUUGAUUUUUUGGGAAAAAUUUUUUUUGAUUUUUUGAAAGGAAAAUUUGUUCUUUUUGUAAAAAAAAAGAUUUUUCUGGCAUUUUUUUAAAAUAAUUAAAAUUUAAUUAAACUUUAUUUUUCAAAUUGCAGACAGUGGAUUUUUUAGGGGAAAUUUUUGAUUUUUUGGGGAAAAUUUUUUUGAUUUUUUUGGCGUUUUUUCGAAAUUUUUUAUUGAUUUUUUUUUAUUUUAGGCGGAGUUUUUUUUGUGGAAAUUUUGAUUUGUUUUGGUACAAAAAAAAGAUUUUGAAUAGAAAAAUGAUUUUUUUGAAAUUUUGAAACGAUUUUUUUUGUUUUUGAUGAAAUUUUCGAUUUUUUGAAAAAUAUUUUCGAUUUUUGGCAGAAAAAUUUUAUUUUUUAAUCAAAAAAAAUUUUUUUUUUAAUUUUUGAUUUUGAAAAUCUAGGUUUUUUUUACAUUAUUCUAGUUGAAAAUUGCAUCUUUGUCUUUUUUUCGGACCAGAAAAUUCAUGGUGUUACUGCAAAUUGCGAUUUUUGGGCAAAAAAAAAAUUUAAUUUUUGAUUUUUUUAAAUUUUUUUUCAUUUUUUUUUUAAAUUUUUUUAAAUAAAUAAUCGCUGAUUCCAGACGACAAACGCAUGCUGGAGCGCAGCACGAACGGCACGAACGAGCGCGGCAUGAUCGCGUGGGUGUUCGAGCUGCACACUCCCGACUCGCCGGAGGGCAAGAAGAUUGUGGUGAUCUCGAACGACAUCACGCACCAGCACGGCUCCUUCUCCAUGGCCGAGCAUCGCCUGUAUCAGAAGGCGGGCGAGUUCAGUCGGGCCCAGAAAUUGCCUCGACUUUAUAUCGCCUCCAAUUCCGGAGCCAGAAUCGGAUACGCGGAGGGCGUCCGAGCCAAGAUCAAUGUGGGAUUUGUGGACGAAACGAAGCCGGAAGAAGGCUGCAGCUACUUGUAUAUCAAGCAGGAGGAUGUGACACCAGAAAUCUUGAGCCAAUUCGAAUAUACGAGACUGGGAAAUGGCGAUUACAGGAUUAAUCAUGUGAUCGGGAAGGAGCGCGAUAUCGGCGUCGAAAACUUGGUCGGCUCCGGCCUGAUUGCCGGCGAAUCCUCGCGGGCCUACGAAGAAAUCCCCACGUAUUGUUUGGUGACCGGCAGAGCCGUGGGAAUCGGCGCAUACGUCGCCAGACUCCUCCACAGAGUCGUCCAGGUCGACAACUCCCAUCUCAUCCUCACCGGAAACAAUGCGUUGAAUUCCCUGCUUGGCAGACACAUUUACACCUCGAAUGGCCAACUGGGCGGCCCACAGAUCAUGUACAAGAAUGGAGUGUCGAAUGUGGUCGUGCAAAGUGACCUAGAGGGCGUCAGAGAGGUCCUCCGACAAAUGAGCUACCUCACAAGCCAAAUUGAACAAGACGAUGGCGAAAGGGAUGUGGAAUCGAGCCCCAGGAAAGGCCCCUACGAUGUGAGGCAGGUCCUGGACUGCCCAGAAGGCGGCCUCUUUGACCACGGCUCCUUUGAAGAGACUGUAGGCGGAUGGGCCAGAACUAUUGUGUGUGGAAGAGCCCGGCUCCGCGGACUCGCCGUCGGCGUGGUUUGCACGGAAACUAAUACUGUUGAAUUGGAAAUCCCCGCGGAUCCGGCCGCCGCCGACUCACAAUCCCGCGUCGUACAUCAAGCCGGACAGGUCUGGUACCCGGACUCGGCUCACAAAACCUCGGACCUCAUCAAUGAUUUUAACAGAGAGCAUUUGCCCUUGAUUAUCUUGGCAAACAUCCGCGGCUUCUCCGGAGGCCAGAAAGACAUGUACGAGAUGGUCCUAAAAUUUGGCGCACAAAUCGUCGACGCCCUACAACAGUACACCCAGCCCGUGAUUGUCUAUAUCCCACCGUAUGGCGAGCUCAGAGGCGGCGCAUGGGCUGUUCUGGACACCAAAAUCAACCCCACUUGUAUCACCAUGCUGGCUGACCCACUCGCCAGAGGAGGCGUCCUAGAACCCAGUGGAAUCGUGGAGAUCAAGUUCAGACAACCGCAGUUGUAUGCGUUGAUGAGGAAAGACGAUCAGCUGCUAAGAGAACUGGAGGAAAAGGCCGCGGAUUCCACCCUGGAUAAAGUGGAAAAAGCAGCGGCUGCGGCCGCCGUGGAAAAGCGAAGGGAAUUGCUGACUCCGACCUAUCAUGCGGCUGCGAUUAUGUUUAGUGAUAUGCAUGAUACCACACCGAGAAUGUUGGCCACUGGGGCGAUACAUGUACGCUUUUUUUUGGGGGUUGAUUUUUUAGUUUUUUUUAGUUUUUGGGGGUUUUUGAGGGAAGAUUGGGAUUUUUUGGAGAAAAUUGACGAAAUUCAGAGGCUCUGGAUAUGAAGGGUACAAAAAAAAUUUUCGAUUUUUUUUUUUUUUUUUUUGUUUUUUUUAUGAUAGAAGUAAGGUUGUAAAGGGAAAUUAAGAGUUGAUUUUUGGUAUUUUGGAGAUAAAAUUGGAGAUUUUUUUAAAAAAUUGGGACAUCAGGUACCCUUGAAAAAAAUUUUCGAAAAAUGCUUUAGGGCCGGUCCUAAAUUUUUUUUAAUUUCGGGAGUUUUUUUUUUUUAUUUUUCUAGCCCUUCCGCAAAGUCGCCGGACCGAUUUUUGCCGUUUUUUUUUGAAAAUUUUGAAUUUUUUUGGUGUACAUUGAAAAAUUUGUGACGUACAGUGGCGGACCUGAUUCAGUGGCAAAACACGUACCAUUUUGCAUCCGGGAAGUAUCAAAAAUGUGGCAAAAUGCUUCCUUCUUCAAGUGAAAAAACUCCGAUUUCAAAGGCGAGCCUCUUUUUGUAAGGGAAAGGGCGCGCCUUUUUUGAGGGAGCCCUUCAAAACGGAGUUUUUUCACUUGGAAGGUGAGGCAUUUUGCCACAUUUUUUGAUACUUCCUGGAUGAAAUUGCUACGUUUUUUGCUACUGGAUCAGGUCCGCCGCUGUACGUCCCAAAUUUUUCAAUUUUCACCCAAAAAAAUUAAAAUUUCCAAAAAAAAGCAAAAAUCGGUCCGGCGACUUCGCGGAAGGACCAGAAAAGUAAAAAAACCCCGAAAUAAAAAAAAUUUAGGGCCGGCCCUAAAGCAUUUUUCGAAAUUUUUUUCAAGGGUACCUGAUGUCCCAAUUUUUUUCUAAAAGUGUCCUAUUUUAUCUUCAAAAUAAAUUUUUUUGGUCCCUUGGCAAAAUUAUUUUUUUUUUGAAAUUUUCACCCAAAAAAGAUAAAAUUUGCAAAAAAAAAUUUUUUUCUCGCAGCAAAAUUCAUUUUUUUUUUCAAAUUUUCACCCAAAAAAGUCAAAAUUUUCAAAAAAAGUUUUUUUCUCGCAGCAAAAUUAAUUUUUUUUUUCAAAUUUUCACCCAAAAAGGUCAAAAUUUUCAAAAAAAAAGUUUUUUCUCGCAGCAAAAUUCAUUUUUUUUUCAAUUUUCACCCAAAAAAGUCAAAAUUUUCAAAAAAAAGUUUUUUUCUCGCAGCAAAAUUCAUUUUUUUUUUACAAAUUUUUACUGGACGAAAAAGUUUUUCUCAUUUUUCUAAUUUUCCGAUUUCAGGACGAAGUGAUGUGGCGCGACGCCCGGAAUUACUUCUUCCACCUGCUCCAAGUCCAACUCUCCCUCUUCCGAAUGGCCCGCCGCUACGUGGCGGAGGCCCUGGGCAAGGAUCUCGACGACCUGAAGGUCCGACACCUCGAACAGGCCAAGAACUGGCUCCUGAACCACCUGAAUCAGAAGGGAAUCCGCUUCAAUCGAGCGGUCAAAGAGCCCAAAUACGAAGGCACCCACAGGAUAUACGAUUAUGAUGCCGAAAACUUGAUCAAAUACGAGGAAAGUGAAGAGUUUGCGCGAGAACUGCGAAGAUUGAAGUCGGAGAGGACACGACAGGCCAUUUUGAGGUGGGUUUGAGCGACUUUUUGGUGGAAAUUUGGGGAAAAUGAAGUUUUUUGAGGAUUUUUGAAAAAAAAAAAUUUUUGAGUUUUGUUGAGUUUGAGGUCUAAAAUUAUUUUUGCUGCCGAAGGAAGAGUUUUUCGACCGAUUUUUUGUUGGAAUUUUUAGGAAAAAUGAGGUUUUGUCAGGUUGAGGAUUUUUGAAUUUUUUUUUUUUUUUUUUUUUUUUUUUGAAUUUCGUUGAAUUUGAAGUCUAAUUUUAUUUUUUUUUGCUGCAGAAAGAGUUUUUAUACUGAUUUUUUGCUGGAAUUUUUCGAAAAAUUAGGUUUUUGAUGAUUUUUGAGAUAAAAAAUUCUUUUGAAUUUUAUCGAAUUUCAUGUCUAAAUUGAUUUUUUUGCUGCAAAAAGAGUUUUUCGACCGAUUUUUUUGUGGCAAUUUGGAGAAAAAUGAGGUUUUUUGAAGAUUUUUGAAAAAAAAUUUUUUUGAAUUUUGUUGAAUUUGAAGUCAAAAAUUAUUUUUACUGCUGCAGAAAGAGUUUUUCGACCGUUUUUUUGUUGGAAUUUUUUGGAAAAAUGACAUUUUUGAGGAUUUUUGAAAAUUUUUUUUUGAAUUUUGUUGAAUUUGAUGUUUAAAUUGAUUUUUUUUUGCUGCAGAAAGAGUUUUUAUACUGAUUUUUUGUUGGUAUUUUUCGAAAAAAGGUUUUUGAUGAUUUUUGACAAGGAAAGUACUUCUAUGGGGUGUGGAGUUACAGGUCGAGAUAUAUAUCAAAAAAUUCGCAAAAAUUUUCUGACUCAGAAUAUAUAAAAAUUAGCUGCCUAAUUUUGGUCUGAUGACAUGUUUUUGUCCUCGCAAGGGAAGUCACUUUUUUCGCAGACGGACUUUGGAACGGGACCUAGUAGGUUUCAAACGUGAAGCGUCUGCGAUGAUAAAACUGAUUUCCAAAAGUGUUUACGGGGCUUCUCGGCCGAGAAAAUCGACCGCAAAGUUUAGCCGAAAUGAGCGAAUAGCCUCCUCAAAAGAAACAGCUUAUUUCAUCUGCAGUGGUGGCCGAGUGGUCAGCGCGCUCGCUUUUUGCGCCAGAAGACGUGAGUUCGACUUCGGUCGUCUGCGGAUGCAUUUCUUUUGACCAUUGAAUCAAAUAGAGAGAUGCCGUUAACAUCACAUAUGCUAAUUAUUAGCAAUUUUUAAUAGAACACGAAUUUAGAAACUAUAUCUUCAUUAACCUAGCCCUGUUUUGACUUUACAAUAUUCAUGAACAUUCAGCUUUGAAUUUAUGUUUAAAUUACUGUAAAAAAUUACAAAAGUGUAUACAUUUUAUGUUUACAUACUAAAUCAAUAUUUAAGAACCAAAAAAGAAAAUAAACCGCGAAGAGGAUCGAACCCGCCUCUUCUGGCGCAAAAAGCGAGCGCGCUGACCACUCGGCCACCACCGCAGAUGAAAUAAACUGUUUCUUUUCAGAAAGCUAUUCGCUCAUUUCGGCUAAACUUUGCGGUCGAUUUUCUCGGCCGAGAAGCCCCGUAAACACUUUUGGAAAUCAGUUGUAUGAUUGCAGACGCUUCAGGUUUGAAACCUACUAGGUCCCGUUCCGAAGUCCGUCUGCGAAAAAAGUGACUUCCCUUGUCAGAAGUUUUCUCGCGACACCAUGCAAGUGUCUUUUUGACCGUGUUUUUACCAAUAAAAGAUUUUUGUUUUGUGCUAAAAUAAAUUCUGAGGCCUUGACAAGCCUUAAAAUAUCAAAUUAGAUUACAACUACACCUUAGAAGUAGUUCCAAUGUAAAAAAUGGGUUCUAGUGUGGCAAAACGAAUCGAACCCGUUCCCCUCGGAUUCCCAAUCUAGCGCUCUAACCACUCGGCCACACCGCUCUCUUCCGAAGGAAGAGACCAAGCGCGCUUUUGUUGCCGCAGAUUUUUUCCUCGAGAAAUACAUUUAUUGAUAAAACUCGUUGAUAGACCAAAAUUAGGCAGCUAAUUUUUAUAUAUUCUGAAUCAGAAAAUUUUUGCGAAUUUUUUGAUAUAUAUCUCGACCUGUAACUCCACACCACAUAGGAGCCUUGUGAGAAAAAAAUUUUUUUGAAUUUUUUUGAAUUUGAUGUCUAAAAUAAUAUUUUUUCAGCGACACUGACCUGCUCCGGGACCUCCUGACUUCCCUGCCGCGCAGCCAAAUCGAACAGCUCCUGAAGCGACAGAAAUAA